AUGAAAUCGGUUAGGAAGCCGAAGGACUUUAGCAUCGAGAGUAUCUUAGCAGAUGGAUCCAUAUUUCUUCGAAAUGACCCGUCCAACAUCUGGUCAUCCCGGUUCGCCGUCCCAAAAUCUUGUAAAAUCGAUCCUCAAGCGGGGAAGUUCGAGAGAAAUUCUGAAACAUCGUUUAAAAUUAGUACCGGGGCGAAUGUUGCUGUGAACAUGAGGAAUAUUAAUUUUAAAUCAAUCAAGGAAAGUCCUGCACCAAGUUUACCGACGAACUGCGAAAGUGACACGCGAAACACGUAUCUGAGAAGUAAUAAAAGUGACAAGUCUAAUGGAAAAGUUGAAGUUAAUGCGACAGAGAAGAAUCAAGCGAAUUUUAAAAUAACCGAUUCCAAUCGACACGACGGAGAGGAAUAUUCUACUCGUUUGUCGAGUAUCGAAGAAAACGAUGUUGUCCAUUGUUUUCAUGAAGUUUCGAAACUUGACACAGAGGGACCUAAUUUCAGUGAAACAAACGACUCGGAAGUAACGAUGCGUAGUGGAAAAGAAGAUGUAGGGUACGAAGGUCAAAGUGAUUGUCGCAACAAAAUACGAGAGGAACCAUUGAAACAGGACCGAGAAGAAGAAUCUGGCAAUAAACGAUUCAAGUACUCGAAUCACAAUCAUAGUGAUUCGUCAGAGAAUAAAAAUAAAGACGCAAAAGUCAAUUUCUGUAGGAAAUUGAAAAGAAUAGAGAAUAAGUGUUCGUCGUUCGAUAAUAACAAAACGAAAGCGACAAAGAAUACAGCAGAGUUAGAAUGGCUUCGAUGUACAAGGUAUAGACCGCCGAAAAUUCCUCGAAAGUCCACGAUCGGGAAAAAUAGGCGAAAACCAAGCCUUCAUCCUCGAAUACCAUUUUCAACGUUUCAAUUGGACUUCCUUGAGCAGCAAUUUCGACACAGCGCUUAUCUUUCAAAAGACGACGUUUCGGAGAUAUCGAGUGUUUUAAACCUACCUCCCAAUAGGGUAUUUUCCAAAAUUUAUACAACGUUUAUCGUUAAUUUCUCCUUUGACGAGAUUGCAGAGAUUGAGAACCUUUUCCUCUGACACCAAACGAAAAUUUCUCUACAAUAACAAUACUGUAAAGAAAAUGUAAUAUCUUUGAGAUUGCAUAACUUAUUACAUACUGCACACUUUGCUUUUUGCAAUAACUUUGAAGAACAUUAAAAUAAUCAUCGAUCUUUCGAACUUGACUGACAACAUUGACAAUAUCUUUUUUAGUGCAACGCCAAUCGAGAUAUAUUUUAUUGAGGGUUGAUAACCUAUCGCAAGUUAUAAAGCAUGUGCAUACAGCGUGUAUAUGUAAUAACUCUAUGGAAGUACGUAGUAAAUGAUUUUAUGAGCAAGCACGUUUUACAGAUAAAUUUGAAGAAAAAAGUGUGGAAGAACCAUUAUUUCCAGUUAUGGAAUUUCAGAUUAUCUUGAUUAACCAACAUUUAAUUUGGCGUUUGCACAGAGGAAGAUAUUAUCAAUAAAGAUUAAGAGUUCACCUUCUAGAUAGAGAUUUCAAGAUAGACCAGCACACGUUUAUUUUCUUCCCCCCUUUGUGACACUUGUUGAUAGUUUAUCGAUUUCUUCGGUAUAACAAUUUUUUAGCUUUCUUCGAUAUAAUUACAUAAUUAAUAAUUAUACGUACUUAUUUUUCAUCUAAAAAAUAAGACAACAAUUAAAAUAAAGAUCAGAUCAAAUGAUUAUUUCUAAAAGUUACACAAUGAAUGGCUAUUGAUAGAUAGUUUAAUUAAGAUAGAAAACAAUUUCAAAUAUUUAUCACAGAUACUAUAAGUUCCAUAAAUAUAACAAAUUAUAAGUAAAUUUGAGCUCUACAAAUAUAACUGAUAUUAUCUUAUAAUAAUCAUUGCAAUUUCAAUGCUGAUCUGUUUCAGAUAAAAAUUUGGUUUCAAAACCGACGUGCCAGGGAGCGACGUGAAUUUUAUACUAAUGCAUAAUAAAAUUAUGCUUAUUAUAUAAUAUCUUUUCAAAUUGUAUAGUCUUUUCCAAAAAUAAAAUUCUUAUAUAAUUGUGUAAAAUUCUUUGAAUACUAUAUUUCAAGAUAACAUAAAUAAACAAGCUUAAUACAGAUAAACAUAUGGCACGUGUAUAAUUAACUACAAUUCUACCAGAAAAUUUACAUUUUUGCAGAUACAACUAAAGAAAUGAGAUCUAAAUAAUGUAAAAAGCAUAGUUUAGUUCUGGAUAUUUUUUUUGUAUUUUUUUCACAAAUAUGAAAUAAACAAAAGAUUUAAAAACUUAAAAUUUAAAUGUAAUUUUAAGGUCAUAUUAGAUAAAUCCAAAAUGGAAGAGAUACCAAUAGAUGAAUGA